CCCUUCCCCUCUCCCCGACCCCUCCUCCUCCUCCCCUCCUCCCAUCGUGCUUGCCCGCCCCUGAGUCUGGAGCAGCAGCAGCAGCAGCAGCAGUGGAGCUUCACUGCCUCUCCUCGCCUCACAGUGCGGGAAUAUACCAGCGGAGAGCAGAAUGGAUACGGAAGGGAGCCAGAGCAGCCUGUCCUCCGGCACGGACAACUCCCCCCACGACCCCUGCAAAAUGUUCAUCGGGGGUCUGAGUUGGCAGACAACACAAGAGGGCUUGAAGGAGUACUUCUGCAAAUUCGGCGAGGUGAAGGAGUGCAUGGUGAUGCGGGAUCCCGUUACCAAGCGGUCGAGAGGGUUCGGCUUUGUAACAUACACAGAACAAGCCGGUGUGGAAAAGGUUUUGGCACAAAACAGACACGAGCUGGAUUCUAAAACGAUCGACCCAAAGGUGGCGUUUCCCCGCCGGGCUCAGCCCAAGCUGGUGACCAGGACAAAGAAGAUCUUUGUCGGAGGACUGUCAGUCAAUACCACCAUCGAAGAUGUGAAGCAAUAUUUUGACCAGUUUGGAAAGGUCGAUGAUGCCAUGCUCAUGUUUGACAAAACAACCAACAGACAUAGAGGUUUUGGUUUUGUUACCUUUGAGAAUGAAGAUGUGGUUGAGAAAGUGUGUGAGAUCCACUUCCAUGAGAUCAACAACAAAAUGGUGGAGUGCAAGAAAGCCCAGCCCAAGGAGGUGAUGACGCCGACAGGCUCAGCCAGAGGCCGUUCCAGGGUGAUGCCCUACGGGAUGGACGCUUUUAUGCUGGGCAUUGGCAUGUUAGGCUACCCGGGUUUUCAGACUGCUACCUACACCAGCCGCAGUUACUCUGGUAUCGCGCCCGGAUACACCUACCAGUUCCCAGAAUUCCAUUUAGAGAGGACCCCCCUCCUGACAUCAUCCCACCCUCCUGAGCUGGCAGCCAUUCCCCUGACUGCAUACGGACCAAUGGCAGCAGCUGCAGCAGCCGCCGCGGUAGUUAGAGGCUCCACCCCUUCACGCACAGCUGGCUUCCUGGGCACCAGCAGCCCUGGACCAAUGGCUGACCUGUACGCUGCAGCCAAUCAGGACUCAGGAGUCAGCAGCUACAUCAGUGCAGCUAGCCCCGCCCCCAGCACAGGGUUCAGCCAUGGUAUAGGGGGUCCUCUGAUUGCUACUGCCUUCACUAAUGGCUACCACUGAGAAGUCUCAGGUCACCGAGGGAUGGGAGGGCGUCUCCUCUGCUGAUGAGCCAAUCACAAUGCUGACUGCCCACUGAUGGCACAACCUGAUUGGCCGGCCACCGGCUCUUUACCGGGCUCUCCUGGCUCCAUAUGGCUCCGCCCACCGACUGAAUAUCUUUUUAAAUCCAGAACUCUUGUUUCUGCUGUACUAAUCUCACUUCAACAUAACUUCCCUGUUUUCUCCUCUUUUGUCCUCAUCAUGUAGUCUAAUAACUAGAGCCCACCCCCUCUCCCCCCUCAGUUAUCCAUUUUUUUCCUUUUGAAGCUGAGAAAAAGAAACUGCAAAAAAAAAAAAAAAAAAAAAAAA